GAUGUUGGCAAGCGGCACACACUGAAUCGGAUAAAUCUCAGCGAGCGAAGUUACUAGAACUUCUUCUUCUUCUUCGAAGUGUUCUGGAGUUGCAACGAUGAGGAAGUGGACGAUCCCUUCCGUUCUGCUUCUGCUCUGCCUUCUCUCCCUCCUCCCCGAUCAAGGUCGGAAAUUACAGGCCAAUGCGGAGGCUGAUUCCGACGAGCUCGUAGAUCCGCCGAAGGUGGAGGAGAAGAUCGGCGCUGUUCCCAGUGGGCUAUCCACCGACUCCGAAGUCGCCAAGAGGGAGGCAGAGUCAAUCUCGAAGAGAUCGCAGCGCAGCAACGCGCAGCACUUCGAGUUCCAGGCGGAGGUGUCUCGGUUGAUGGACAUUAUCAUCCACUCCCUCUACAGCAACAAGGACAUUUUCCUCAGGGAGUUAAUCUCCAAUGCUUCCGAUGCACUGGACAAGAUUAGAUUCCUCGCCCUCACGGACAAGGAUGUUUUGGGCGAAGGCGAUAACACUAACCUCGAAAUUCAGAUUAAAUUAGACAAGGAGAGGAGAAUUCUCUCCAUUCGCGAUAGGGGUAUCGGUAUGACGAAGGAAGACUUAAUCAAGAACUUGGGAACCAUAGCUAAAUCUGGAACCUCAGCCUUUGUGGAGAAGAUGCAGACUAGCGGCGAUCUCAAUCUUAUUGGGCAGUUUGGAGUUGGGUUCUACUCUGUGUACUUGGUUGCCGAUAAUGUGGAAGUCAUCAGCAAACACAAUGAUGAUAAACAGCAUAUUUGGGAGUCAAAGGCUGAUGGGUCAUUCGUAGUUGCCGAGGAUACAGAAAAUGAGCCACUAGGACGUGGUACUGAAAUUAGACUUCACCUCAGAGAGGAAGCAGGGGAGUAUUUGGAAGAGAGCAAACUAAAAGAGUUGGUGAAGAAAUAUUCUGAAUUUAUCAACUUCCCCAUCCAUUUGUGGGCAAGCAAAGAGGUAGAUGUGGAGGUUCCUGCUGAUGAGGAUGAGUCCAAUGAUGAAGAGGAAUCAUCUGAAACUGAGAAAAGCGAAGAGGAAACUGAAAAAGGCGAAGAUGAAGAUGAAGAUGCUGAGAAGAAACCAAAGACAAAGACAAAAAAAGAAACUACUUAUGAAUGGGAACUUCUUAAUGAUGUUAAAGCUAUAUGGUUACGCAGUCCGAAGGAAGUGACCGAUGAAGAGUACACCAAAUUCUAUCACUCUCUCGCCAAGGAUUUCAGUGAUGAGAAGCCUUUAGCAUGGAGCCACUUUACUGCUGAAGGUGAUGUGGAAUUCAAGGCUGUCCUGUUUGUGCCUCCUAAGGCUCCUCAUGAUUUAUACGAGAGCUAUUACAAUGCCAAUAAAUCCAACUUGAAGUUGUAUGUUAGAAGGGUUUUCAUAUCAGAUGAAUUUGAUGAGCUCUUGCCAAAGUAUCUAAACUUUUUGUUGGGUCUUGUUGAUUCCGACACCUUGCCACUCAAUGUAUCCCGAGAAAUGCUUCAACAACACAGCAGUUUGAAGACCAUCAAGAAGAAACUUAUCCGCAAAGCUCUUGAUAUGAUCCGUAAACUUGCUGAGGAAGAUCCUGAUGAGUCCAGUGACAAAGACAACAAAGAGGUUGAAAAAAGUGAGGAAGAGGAGAAGAGAGGCCAAUAUACAAAAUUCUGGAAUGAAUUCGGCAAGUCCAUUAAACUUGGUAUCAUUGAGGAUGCGGCUAACAGGAAUCGUUUGGCAAAACUCCUAAGAUUCGAGAGCACCAAGUCAGAUGGCAAAUUGACUUCACUAGAUCAGUACAUUUCAAGGAUGAAAUCUGGGCAGAAGGACAUAUUCUACAUUACUGGAGCCAGCAAGGAACAAUUGGAAAAAUCUCCAUUCCUCGAGCGGCUUAAGAAGAAAAACUUUGAGGUUAUUUUCUUCACAGAUCCAGUUGAUGAAUAUCUGAUGCAGUACUUGAUGGACUAUGAAGACAAGAAAUUCCAGAACGUGUCAAAGGAGGGCUUGAAACUCGGCAAAGACUCAAAGGACAAGGAACUCAAGGAAUCAUACAAGGAGCUCACUAAAUGGUGGAAGAGUGCUCUUGCCAGCGACAAUGUGGAUGAUGUAAAGCUGUCCAACCGUUUGGCCGACACCCCUUGUGUGGUUGUGACAUCAAAGUAUGGUUGGAGUGCAAACAUGGAGAGGAUCAUGCAGUCUCAGACGUUAUCAGACGCUAACAAGCAAGGAUACAUGCGUGGCAAGAGGAUACUUGAGAUUAACCCAAGGCACCCAAUCAUCAAGGAGCUCCGCGAGAGAGUAGUAAAGAACGCUGAGGAUGAGAGUGUGAAGCUGACAGCGCAGCUUAUUUACCAGACCGCACUCAUGGAGAGCGGCUUCAAUCUUCCAGACCCUAAGGACUUUGCUUCCCGCAUCUACAGUUCAGUGAAGUCUAGCCUAAACAUCAACCCUGAUGUUGCAGUUGAGGAGGAAGAUGAUGCUGAAGAAGUUGAGACAGAAACUGCUGCAAACGAAGCUGCAGCUACCCCCGAGGCUGAGGCUGAGACCGAUGCUGAUUCACUUAAGGACGAGUUGUAGGUUGACUUGAGAAACGGGAAUUCGAAACAUUGCAGUUAUGUGAUUCCGUUUGGUUUAGUUAAGACGUUAGGUUGAAUAGAUUUACUGUAAUCAUAUAAACCAGAAUUUUGUCUCCAGCAUCUAAUUGAUGAAUUGCAGAGACUAAUCAAUGCCGUGAUGUAUUUUCCUUGCAAUUAUAAUGUUGUUCGAUCUUC